UGCCCGAGUGCCGCAACACCCACAGCCACGCGUGGCUCCCGGAGGAGCGCCCCGGCCCCUCCCCGGAGGAAGGAACGGGCUGAGGCGGCAGAUGACCCCGAGCCCGCCGAGUCCGGGUGGGUCGCGAGACACGGCGAUUGGGCAGCCACGUACCCGAACGUGCUCGGCUCCUCCACGAUCUUCAUCUUCCCCGCCGAGGCGAAGGGCCCUGCUGAGCAGAGAGCGGUUGGCCGCAGACUAACCCACCGCCUCCCCUUCCCUCCCCUUGACGCUCCCGGCCCCGCGCUCACCCAGCGCCGCGCCCAGUGCCACCAGCAGCAGCCGGGCCGUCGCCAUCGCCCCUUCCGCUGGAAACGGAAGGGCGCGGGGCGGCCGCUCCGCCCAGCCGCGGGACCAUGGAGCGCGGUCGGGCAGCCGCCCCGCGGCGGGGCAGGCGGCGCGGCGCUGCCAGCCUCGACGCGUUCGCGGCGGAAGCGGAGGCCGCGCUGAGAGCUUGCCUGGAGGGCGAGGGGGGCGGCCCGGAGGCGAAGCUCCCGUGCCCGCUUGCCAUGUGGGAGCUCGGGCACUGCGAUCCCAAGAAAUGCACCGGGAGGAAACUAGCCCGGAAAGGGCUGCUCCGAACCCUGCGCCUCCGCCAGAGAUUCCUGGGCCUCGUCCUCACUCCUCUGGCUACCGAGCACAUCUCUCCGGCUGACAGGCAUGUCGUUGCCCAGAGUGGAAUUGCAGUCAUAGAUUGCUCAUGGGCCAAAUUAGAAGAAACUCCCUUUAAGAGAAUGAGAGGAAAUCACCUACGGCUGCUGCCUUACUUGGUGGCUGCAAAUCCUGUGAACUAUGGUCGGCCGUGCAAACUGUCCUGUGUGGAAGCUUUUGCUGCAGCCUUUUGCAUUGUCGGAUUCCCAGACCUAGCCACCAUUCUUCUAAGGAAAUUUAAGUGGGGUCAGGCAUUUAUUGACUUGAACAAAAAUCUCUUGGAAAGAUAUGCAGCCUGUCACUGCCAGGAAGAAGUGUUCAGAGUUGAAAAGGAGUUUUUAGCCACUGUCCAAGAAACAAAAGAGGAAGAAAUAGAUCCCUUUGAUGUUGACUCAGGGAAAGAAUUUUCUAAUCCCAACAGACCGAUCAAUUCCUCAGGACUAGCAGAAAGUAAUGAAGAAUCUGAGGAGGACAGUGCGAGCACUCCGGAUGAUGCCACUGAAAGCAGUGAUGAGAGCAGCCCAGAAGAUCAUGGUACUGUAGAGUGGCUGCAAUAACUACUAAUAAACCAACUGCUUGAAAAGUUAAAAAAAAAAUCAUCAAAUGAAUCCCACCAAAAGCCCAACAGAGAAACAAAAAACCCCCAAUCCAAGAAUCCCAAAGAGUUGUAACAUCUUGUAUAAAGACAUUUCCUUGUGAACAGUUAGUUAACAGUGUGGCUUUUUCACCUGUAACUUGGUACUUAGCAAAUGCCUUCCUUCAAGUGAGUCUCUAGCUCUAUGUGGGUUUAUAGAUCCAUUUAUGCACAUAAAGGCUUUAGGUUAUUUAAUUUGUAGCUAAUUGUUCAGGGAAUGCUAAUUAUUAUGUAAAGAGCCUGAAGCAUAGUUACAAGUUAAAACUAUUCUAAUCAAUGUGUCUGGAACAUGGUUUAUGGGGAUUAUUUUUACCUAAUAGUACAUCAGGUAACCCCCUUUUAACUUCUGGGCCAUAUUUCAACGGGAAAAUGUGACUAAAUUAUGGCCCUGUUCAGAGUACCUACCACAUACCGUGCCUCUGACUUCUCGCAGGCUUGAACCUGACAUAUGUAUUUCAACUGCUUCACCAACUCUAGCAUGAACAGAUGACCUACGCCUAAAAGGAAAAAAUGCUUCCUGGAGUUGUUUUAACAUCUCAGUAUGUCUUUUCAAUACCUUUACAUGCCAUUUUUUAUUUACUCCGAUACAGUCCUAAGCAACAUACGAUGUUUUGGCACUUUAUAUUCAGAACUGCACCACAAAACUGUGAGGACAGUUUAUAGUGUUCCCUUCAUAUAUACAAGCUCUUCCCUUCACAGCAAGGUUUUCACCUCACCCCUCUUCUGCUAGAGGGAUUCAAUGCUAAGCCUACUUGAGACAAAAUGGGUAGUCACAGCAGCGGUUUUAGUGGUACAAAUAUUCCAUUUGCCUUA